UUUGUCUAAUUGUCUCCUCCACCCAAUUCCAUUUUCUCUUUCUUUCUUUCCAGAAACCAAAAUAACAAUUUCAAUUUUUUUUCAUUCUUUGGAUUUCUCCAACUUUUUUUUCUCAAUUUUCACGAAACCCCCUUAAAACAAACAAAAACCUACGUCCCAGAAAAACUUUUAAAGUUAAACCAUAUUUUAAAAAGGGUCAUUACUCAUUAUUAUAUUUUGUAAUUUCUCUGCAAAACAAAUAGAAGAAAGAAAAAUUUACCUGAAGAAAAGAGAAGAAGAUACGAGAAAAACAGCGCAGAAAGUAGAGAGAGAUAGAGAGAGAAAAAAGGUCAGAGAAGUAAUUGAUUUUCUUCUCUUUUUCUACAAAUUAUGAUGAUAAUUUCUUCAUUUUGAAUCAAGGGUUCAUGAGUGCAAAACUAUGUGGUUUCGUGAGGCAGACAUUUCAGUGAUUCUCUUGGCUUCUGAGCUCUUGUAAUCCUUGCAAUUAUCGACAUUGCCGAAGGAAAUUUCUGAUUUUGUGGUGUGGGUUGUUUUGGAGGAUUAAAUUGAUCUGUUGGUGGGUAUAUUAAGUUAUUGAUCAUGGUUGCCGCAGCUGCAACUUCGGCUUUCUUUCCUGUUGCGCCGUUACCUUCUGAUUCAGGCUCGAAACCCUCUUCGACAAAGCUUGGUUCCUCGAAUUUAGAUGUCUGUGGCAAGAAGUCAAAAUCUGGUUCAUCUGGGGGUUUGAAAAUGAAAACUAAUGCACAAGCUCCUCCUAAGAUCAAUGGUACCACGGUUGGCCUUGCUUCGGCUAUGGAAGGAGUGAAGAGUGAGGAAUCCUCAUCUCCUCCUCCAAGGACCUUUAUUAAUCAGUUGCCUGAUUGGAGCAUGCUUCUUGCUGCAAUUACUACAGUUUUUUUGGCUGCCGAGAAGCAAUGGAUGAUGCUUGAUUGGAAACCAAAGCGCCCUGAUGCUCUUAUUGAUCCUUUUGGUCUGGGGCAGAUGGUUCAAGAUGGGUUUGUUUUUAGACAGAACUUCUCUAUUAGGUCGUAUGAGAUAGGAGCGGAUCGGACGGCUUCUAUAGACACGUUAAUGAAUCAUCUGCAGGAAACAGCACUUAAUCAUGUAAAAUCAGCUGGGCUUUUAGGUGAUGGGUUUGGUUCAACCCCAGAAAUGUGCAAAAAAAACUUAAUUUGGGUGGUUACUCGAAUGCAAGUUCUUGUGGAUCGUUACCCAACGUGGGGAGAUGUUGUUCAAGUAGACACUUGGGUUAGCUCAUCCGGGAAGAAUGGUAUGCGUCGUGACUGGCUUGUCAGAGACUGUAGUACUGGUGAAAUACUUACAAGAGCCUCAAGUGUAUGGGUGAUGAUGAAUAAACACACGAGGAGGUUGUCAAAAAUGCCAGAUGAAGUGCGUGGAGAGAUAGGGCCUCACUUUGUGGAUACUCCUCCUAUUAUUGAUGAGGAUGGGAGGAAGCUUCCCAAACUUGAUGACAGCACUGCUGAAUACAUCCGUACUGGUCUCACUCCCAGGUGGAAUGAUUUGGAUGUCAAUCAGCAUGUCAACAAUGUCAAGUACAUUGGUUGGAUUCUUGAGAGUGCUCCACAAUCAAUUCUAGAGACCCAUGAGCUCUCUGGCAUGACUUUAGAGUACAGGAGGGAGUGUGGAAGAGACAAUAUGCUGCAGUCUCUCACUGCUGUCUCAGGUGCUAGUGUUGGGGGACUGCAAGAUUCUGGUAAUGUCGAGUGCCAGCACUUGCUGCGACUCGAGGAUGGGGCAGAGGUUAUGAGGGGAAGAACCGAGUGGAGGCCGAAGCACGCUAAGAACUUCGGGAAGUUGGGUCAAGUUCCAGCAGAGAGUGCCUAGUGAUCAUCUCUCUGAUAUUCUUGUGCAGAACCAAAUCUUGGAUUUUCAAAUGCUUUUACUCCUCUUCUCUUCCCCCUUUCUUACCUUUUUUCUAUAUAUGUUUCUUUUUUUUUUCUUUUUUUUUUUCGAAUUUGCGCCGCCGUGGUGAAUGAUUCUACAAAACCCCCCAUGUAAUUAGCCUAUGAUGUGUAUCUUCUACCUCCCCCAUCUUCCUCAUCUUAAUGAUCAUGGUAGGACAAUGAAAAGAAAUUAGGGAUAUGUUUUGUUCUUUAAUUCUUUUUUGGAUGGUUGUUAUGGUAAGUAUCUUGUUCAGAGCA